AUGACAACCGGAAGCCUUGGCGCUGAGCUGGAUGCCUCCAAGCUCGAGGUGACUAGUGCGCCAACCUCCAAACCUGUUCCAAAUCAUGAUUCUCCCGAGGUCGCGGCUCUAAAGGACGGCACAGAUCGUAUGAUCAUUGUUUCCUGGACGUCUCAGUUAGGCUGGGGAGACCCCAGAGUUGUUCCAUAUGGCCCAAUCUCGUUGAUGCCUACAUCCAGCGCCUUGCAAUACGCUACGCAAUGCUUUGAAGGCAUGAAGGUCUUUCGCGGCUACGACGGUCGGCUUCGUCUCUUUCGCCCUUUGUUCAACUGUGAGCGCUUGCGUAACUCUGCAUCACGCAUCGCGCUCCCGAACUUCGAUCCCAAGGAACUGCUCAAACUCAUUCAAAAGCUUUGUUCGCUUGAAGCCCCAAAGUGGCUGCCGAAGGAUAACCCUGGAGCGGCUCUCUACAUCCGACCAACUUUGAUUGGAUCCGACUCCAGCUUGGGCUUCAAAGCGCCGGAUGAAGCCCAGUUAUACAUUUUCAUAGAGUCAGUCGUUCGGGCCUGGCCGGGAGGAACAGGGGCUGCAAAAGUUGGCGGCAACUACGCUGCAGCUCUGUCUAAGCACGUCCAAGCAAAGCAGAGGGGCUUUGAUCAGGUCCUUUGGCUGUAUGGCCAGGACCGCCAGAUCACCGAGGCUGGGGCUGCCAAUAUUUUUGUCAUGUGGAAAACAAAUUCUGGGUCGCUGCAGCUGGUUACGUCUCCUCUGGACGGGAACAACCUGAUCCUCGCUGGCAACACACGACGAAGCAUUAUUGAGCUUUCCAGGGCCAUUUUCGACAACGAGGAUGCGGGAGAUGGAAUACGCUGUGAGGUGCUGGAAAAGAAGUUCACCGUGACAGAAGUGGAAGAAGCCGCUUGUCAAGACAGACUCGUCUGCGCUUUUUCAGUGGGUACAGCAUAUUGGAUCCAAGAAAUUGCCGAGAUCAACAUCGACGGAAGAGUCAUCAAGAUCGGUUUGGGCAAGACACCUCACGUCGCGCUGCUGAGGAGUCGGAUGAGUGAUAUCAUGUUUGGAAACCGAGAAAGUCAAUGGGCGGAUAUAGUCUCGGAGGAAUGA